GGGAAAUUACAUCACUGGCCUCCUAUGCAGGUUCUUCCCUUUCGGGAGUAAGGGAAGCUUCUGUCUUUGCUUCUAGGGUAAUGUUGGAUUCUGGAACCUGGUGAGGCAGCUUACUGGUAUAAGGUGGGGCUUGCUUUAACUUAGAAGUAACACCAAAGACUGGAAUCUAUUAUGUCUCAAACUGCAACUUCUCUGGACCUGAGCCCGGGCCUACUAAAUGGAGAUUGCCCUGGAUUCAUGACAGCAAAUGAUCCGGAGCUAGAAGCGAUUAAGGCACGAAUCCGUGAGAUGGAAGACGAAGAAGAGAAACUAAAGGAACUUCAACACAGAGAGGAAAGAUGCCUAAUCAUGAGCACAAAGAUUGGUAACCCUGUUCCCAUGACAGCUGAGGAAAGGAUUGAAGCAGAUAACAGAUCAGUCUAUGUGGGAAAUGUGGAUUAUGGUGCAGCUGCGGAAGAACUAGAAUCCCAUUUCAAUUCCUGUGGGAUGAUCAAUCGUGUGACAAUUUUGUGUGAUAAGUUCUCUGGACAUCCAAAAGGCUAUGCCUACAUUGAAUUUGUUGAAAAAGACUCUGUGAGAACUGCAAUAACAUUGGAUGAGUCUCUGUUUAGAGGACGCAUCAUAAAGGUAUUGCCAAAGAGGACAAACAUGCCAGGUAUCAGUUCCACAGACCGGGGUGGUCCUUUGAGACGUUUUAAUAACCGAGCAGUUCAGCCACCAUGGAAGAAUUAUGACAGAAUACCCAGGCAAAGAGCCCGUGGAAGAAAUUAUAGAGGUCGUGGAAGAUUUGUAAACUUUUACUCACCUUACUAGUGAUAAAAGCAGAAAUCGAUGAGUGGUUCAGCAUACAGUAGAAGAAGGAAGAAGACUGGUUACACUUUGUGAUACAACUCUGAAAUAUCAAUGAGUCCUUAUUACACUUUGGAAACUUAAUUCCAUCUUGAUUAUUACUGGUUCACUUUCUUAUGAAAUAGAUUAAUGUGCAGUGAAGCCUACCAAUACCCUUCCACACCCAAAAGGACUAAAAAAAUGUAGGUGUUUUCUGGUGACACCCUACUGCACUGUUUUUUCACAUAUUCAAGAAACUUUUCCUUGAGGCCUAUUACAGGAUCGUCUAUGCCAGUCACAGUAUAUACAGAAAUGGACCUCUAGAACAGUAAUACAGUACUAUUGUUUCUA